CUGGAUUUUGCUUCUGGACCAAAAGAGGAAAGAUCGAAGCGGCACUCAAAGCGUAUGCACGUCUAACUCAGCGAAACACUCGACCAUCGCAAAUAGCCGUCACGCCGUCACCAUGACACAUCCUGAUCCUGAGCGCUACCGCUUACCACUUUACCACUGCGGGACGAAGCUUUGUGCAUUGUUGAUGGUUGAUCAAGACCUUCAAGAGUGGUCUCAUUUGAAAAACUAGCCAAAGGUUGUUCUAGAGCCACGCGGCCUCUUUGGUACAGCCAGUCUGUGGAAGCAGCAAGACGACCGGUGACGCGAUCUUUUUCUUAUUGCCACCAAUAAGCGCUAUUACUACAUCAUGCCAUUACCCGAGUCUUCCUUGAUCAUUGCGCCUACAGCAGGAGGCAGUAAGAAGCGGCGUCGGCCCAAUUUUCGACCAGGAGCGCGGAAAGCUGGUGCCAAGAAAAAGAAAACGACCGACACUUCAUCCUCGUCAUCAGCUCCUAAAAAAAAAGAGUCAGACAAACAACAACCGCAAGAGCAAGCUCCAGCCAAAUCCAGUGCUGCCGCCGACAAAGUUGAUCCCACUUCAAAACCAACCGAAGCAUCCACGGAAAACGAAAAUUCCCAGACAAAGCCAAAGGCAAAGACAGUAUCUACGGCAACCUCUAAAGAACAAAAACCCGCCAAAUCGUCGUCAGUUAAUCCCUUGGCAUCAUCACUGCGACCAUCCCGCAGAGGGGCAGCAUCAUCAUCCAUCAAGCCAGCUGCUCCUACCACCACCAAGAAAAAGGCGCCGCCGGUUGCCAGCAAAAAAUCCACAAGUAGUAAUAGUGAUGCCAAGAACAACAACGCAAAGAAGAAAAAGACGGCACCCGCAAAACGGAAACGAAAAGUUACAGGGUUGGUCGUGGGAGCCUCUCUUUUGACCGACAAGAAGGCUAACAAUAAAAAGACAGAUCAAGAUGACAAUAAGGAAGCAGCAGACGAGCACGAGACACAACAACAACCUGCAGAAAAGGAAGUAGCUCCUGCAGCUGCAGCGGCAACCGCUGUGGCCCUACCGGCUUUAGCACCCGAAACAGACCUACCCAUUCCUCCCCCCAAAGAAGGAGAACGGUCAUUGGCACAAUACUGCAGCAAAUUUCGUUGCAAGCCACACCAGAAAGAUGAGAAUUUGGAAAUCAACAAACUCAAAAAGGACAAGAAAGCCAAACAUCAGCAACAGCAGCAACAACAACAAACAGAUAAAAAGAAAAAGAAUGAGGAACCCGCCGGGCCCGUCGUCCAAAUUGUCAAUGGAGAAAUCAUUUUACAAGAAUCCAGCAUGGUCGUGGAACGCGGUGGUGGUGCCGACUUUAAUCGAGUCGGAACGGCGGCGGAUGAAUUGGAAGAAUACGCCGUGGUCGAAGAAGACAAUGAAAUGGCCAUUGUGGGAGCUAGUUACAAUUCUUUUACCAAGCGAGAGCCUCGAGGUCCCCAACGAUGGUCGGAAGAGGAUACCAAACUCUUUUACGAAGCCCUACGACAGGUCGGAACCGAUUUUAUGCUCAUGUCGGAAUUCUAUCCCAAUCGCACCCGGAAACAAUUGAAACGCAAAUAUCAACGCGAGUUGAUUGCCAAUACCAAGUUGAUUGAUGCCGCAUUGGCACAACAGAAACCAUUGGAUUUGACCGUCUUUCAAGUCACACAGGAUGAUGUACAGAAUCAAAAGGAGGAAAUUAAGAAACGAGAAGAACUGGCAGCUAUCAAGGCAAAGGAAGCGGCAGAAAAGGGGGAAACGGAGGAUAAAGAUCCAUCCAAGACGAACAGCGACAAGGAAAACAACGAUGUGGAAGUGGUGGUGGAAGACGACGACGAGGAACAGCAGGGCAACGACAACAAUAAACAAUCCACAGAGGCAACCGUGUCUUCCGAUCACGAAGCAGAAGCAGAACAACCGGAGGAACCAGCAGAACCGUUGUGGCCAGACGAGGACGACAAUAUGGAAGAAGCCAACAACGAGGAAGGUAUUGUGGAAGAGGAUCCGAUGUUUAUGGACGACUUUCACCAUCUGGGCGGCUACGAUGACAACAACAAUGACGACAAGAAGGACGUGAGUGAAGUUGCCACUGGUGAAGAGACUCAAAAUAACGAAGAGAUUGCAUCAUCUGAACAAGACGCUGAUACCAACAACGUCAAAAAGACAAGCACCAAGGCACCGGUACCUGAGCCCGACAAGAAUGAAGAGCCUGCAAUUUCUCUCAUUCCUACGGCCAACAAGAAAAAGGUAGGCGCCAAAAAGCCCAAAUUCCGCACCGCGCGUCGCAAGAAAAAGUAG